UGGCAGCCCAGACAGCUAAAGGACAAGGCUGACUUCUGCAUCAUCCACUACGCUGGCAAGGUGGACUACAAGGCAGAUGAGUGGCUGAUGAAGAACAUGGACCCCCUGAAUGACAACGUGGCCACGCUGCUCAACCAGUCCACUGACAAGUUUGUGUCGGAGCUCUGGAAAGAUGUGGACCGCAUCGUGGGCCUGGACCAGGUGGCGGGCAUGGCGGAGACGACGUUCGGCGCCACCUACAAGACCAAGAAGGGCAUGUUCCGCACGGUGGGCCAGCUCUACAAGGAGUCCCUCACCAAGCUCAUGGCCACCUUGAGGAACACCAACCCCAACUUCGUCCGCUGUAUUAUCCCCAACCACGAGAAGAAGGCUGGUAAGCUGGAGCCCCAUCUGGUUCUGGACCAGCUGAGGUGUAAUGGAGUUCUGGAGGGGAUCCGUAUCUGCAGACAGGGCUUCCCCAACCGCAUCGUCUUCCAGGAGUUCAGACAGAGGUACGAGAUCCUGACCCCUAAUGCCAUCCCCAAGGGCUUCAUGGACGGGAAACAGGCCUGCGAGAGGAUGAUCCGAGCGUUGGAACUGGACCCCAACCUGUUCCGUAUCGGCCAGAGUAAGAUCUUCUUCAGGACCGGAGUCCUGGCCCACCUGGAGGAGGAGAGAGACCUGAAGAUCACUGACAUCAUCAUCUACUUCCAGUCUGUCUGCCGCGGCUACCUGGCACGCAAGGCAUUUGCUAAGAAGCAGCAGCAGCUGAGUGCUCUGAAGGUCCUCCAGAGGAACUGUGCUGCCUACCUCAAGCUGCGCCACUGGCAGUGGUGGAGACUCUUCACCAAGGUGAAACCUCUGCUCCAGGUGACCCGGCAGGAGGAGGAGAUGCAGACCAAAGACGAGGAGCUGGUCAAGGUGAAGGAGAGACAGAGCAAGGUGGAGGGAGAGCUGGUGGAGAUGGAGAGGAAACACCAACAGCUCCUAGAGGAGAAGAACAUCCUUGCAGAGCAGUUGCAGGCGGAGACGGAGCUGUUUGCCGAGGCGGAGGAGAUGAGGGCCCGCCUGGCCGCUAAGAAGCAGGAGCUGGAGGAGAUCCUCCACGACCUGGAGUCCAGAGUGGAGGAGGAGGAGGAGAGGAACCAGAGCAUGCAGAACGAGAAGAAGAAGAUGCAGUCCCACAUCCAGGAUCUAGAGGAGCAGUUAGAUGAAGAGGAGGCAGCCAGGCAGAAGCUGCAGCUGGAGAAGGUGACUGCCGAGGCCAAGAUCAAGAAGAUGGAGGAGGACAUUCUACUGCUGGAGGACCAGAACUCCAAGUUCCUCAAGGAGAAGAAGCUGCUGGACGACCGUGUGGCCGAGAUGACCUCCCAGCUGACAGAGGAGGAGGAGAAGGCCAAGAACCUGGGCAAGGUCAAGAACAAGCAGGAGGUGAUGAUGGUUGACCUGGAAGAGCGCCUGAAGAAGGAGGAGAAGACUCGCCAGGAGCUGGAGAAGGCCAAGAGGAAGCUAGACGCUGAGACCACGGACCUCCAGGACCAGAUAGCUGAGCUACAGGCCCAGAUAGAGGAGCUCAAGAUCCAGCUGGCCAAGAAGGAGGAAGAGCUACAGGCCGCUCUGUCCAGGAAAAGGAAUCUCAGCUUGGGCAUGGCAGCCAUGACGGAUCGUCUCACACCUCAGAGGGAAUUGUUCAAGUCCAACCUGGAGAAGAACAAGUGUACCCUGGAGAGUGACAACAAGGAGCUGGUGAGCGAGGUGAAGGGGCUUCAGCAGGCCAAGACAGAGUCAGAACACAAGAGGAAGAAGAUGGAGGCUCAGCUGCAGGAGUUCAUGGCCCGAGCCACCGAGGGAGAGAGGGCUAAAGUAGAACUGGCCGACCGCACACACAAACUACAGACGGAACUGGACACUGUCUCCGCCCUGUUGGAGGACGCUGAGAAGAAGGGAAUCAAGCUGGCCAAGGAUUCAGCAGGCCUGGAGAGUGCGUUACAGGACACACAGGAGCUGCUCCAGGAGGAGACUCGUCAGAAGCUGAACCUGAGCUCUCGUAUCCGUCAGCUGGAGGAGGACAAGAGCACCCUGCAGGAGCAGCAGGAGGAGGACGAGGAGGCCCGCAGGAACCUGGAGAAACAACUGGCCACGCUGCAGGCUCAGCUGUUUGAGUCUAGGAAGAAGCUGGAUGAGGACGUGGGGACCCUGGAGUCUCUGGAGGAGGUGAAGAGGAAGCUACAGAAGGACAUGGAGUUGACCAGCCAGCGGCUGGAGGAAAAAGCCUCCGCCUUCGAUAAGAUGGAAAAGACCAAGACCCGCCUGCAGCAGGAGCUGGACGACCUCAUGGUGGACCUGGACCACCAGAGGACCAUCGUCUCGAACCUGGAGAAGAAGCAGAAGAAGUUCGACCAGCUCCUGGCUGAGGAGAAGACCAUCUCUACCCGCUAUGCUGAGGAGCGUGACAAGGCCGAGGCUGAGGCCAGGGAGAAGGAGACCAAGGCUCUGUCUAUGGCCCGGGCUCUGGACGAGGCCCUGGAGGCCAAGGAGGAGUUUGAGAGGCUCAACAAGCAGCUGAGGACUGAGAUGGAGGACCUGAUGAGCUCCAAGGACGACGUGGGCAAGAGCGUCCAUGAGCUGGAGAAAUCGAAGCGCACCCUGGAGCAGCAGGUGGAGGAGAUGAGGACCCAGCUGGAGGAGCUGGAGGACGAGCUGCAGGCCACAGAGGACGGCAAGCUGCGUCUGGAGGUCAACAUGCAGGCCAUGAAGGCCCAGUUCGACAGGGACCUGCAGGCCAGAGACGAACAGAACGAGGAGAAGAAGAGGACGCUGGUCAAACAGGUUCGUGAGAUGGAGGCAGAGCUGGAGGAUGAGAGGAAGCAGAGAGCCCUGGCCGUGGCAGCUAAGAAGAAGCUGGAGAUGGACCUCAAGGACCUGGAGGGGCAAAUAGAAGCAUCCAACAAGGCCAGAGAUGAAGCCAUCAAACAGCUCAGAAAACUACAGGCCCAGAUGAAGGACUACCAGAGGGAGUUGGAGGAGGCCAGAGCAUCCCGUGAUGAGAUCUUUGCACAGUCUAAAGAGAACGAGAAGAAACUAAAGGGCCUGGAAGCUGAGAUCCUACAGCUGCAGGAGGACCUGGCGGCUUCAGAGAGGGCCCGUAGACACGCUGAGCAGGAGAGAGACGAGCUAGCCGACGAGAUCUCAAAUAGCGCCUCUGGAAAGUCGGCCCUGCUAGAUGAGAAGAGGAGGCUGGAGGCCCGCAUCUCGCAGCUGGAGGAGGAACUAGAGGAGGAACAGAGCAACAUGGAGCUGCUCAACGACCGCUUCCGCAAGACCACCAUGCAGGUGGACAUCCUGAACACGGAGCUAGCUGGGGAGCGCAGCGCGGCCCAGAAGAGUGAGAACGCCCGUCAAGGAAUGGAGAGGCAGAACAAGGAGCUGAAGGCCAAGCUGGGAGAGCUGGAGGGGGCAGUCAAGUCCAAGUUCAAGGCUGCCAUCACCGCCCUGGAGGCCAAGAUACUGCAGCUGGAGGAGCAACUGGAGCAGGAGGCCAAGGAGAGGGCAGCAGCCAAUAAGAUCGUCCGACGCACAGAGAAGAAGCUGAAAGAGGUGGUGAUUCAGGUGGAGGACGAGCGUCGCCAUGCCGACCAGUACAAGGAGCAGAUGGAGAAGGCCAACUCUCGUAUGAAGCAGCUGAAGCGUCAGCUGGAGGAGGCUGAGGAGGAGGCUACCAGGGCCAACGCCUCCCGUAGGAAACUACAGAGGGAGCUGGACGACGCCACCGAGGCCAGCGAGGGCCUGACCCGCGAGGUCAACACACUCAAGAACCGCCUCAGGCGUGGAGGCCCCAUCAGCUUCUCGUCUAGCCGUUCAGGCCGCAGCCGGCAGCUCCAGAUCGACGGAACCUCCGUGGACAAUUCUGACGACGACGCCGACAGCCGCGCCAGCGACCACAACGACACGCAAGCCUCCAACCAGACAGAAUAGACGCCUCCUGCUAAUCCUACCAACCCUAUCGAUUAGCCAGCCUGGCAGCAUGGUGACUACAACACCUCAGCCUCUCCAUCUGUCCCCGAGUCAACAGCAGGGAGAACCAGGGUCCUGUUCAUUAAGCACCAAAACAGAAGAAAACAGUCCGAAACAGGGAGGGACUACCUGGAUUUGUCCAAUAAGAACCGCUCGUUUUCAUUUUCCGUUGAAAGACGCUUUCAAACGUUUUGCUACGGUGUGUUCUAAUGAAUACGACCUAGACCACCCCACCCCUCCCAGAAAUGCUCCCUCCCUGGGGAUGACAAAACAAUUACUCCCACUUGAGCGGCUUACUCUGCCUUACUCUAACAAUAUUCCUACUCUACUUUGGCUAGCUGCUCGGCCCGGCGAGUGUCCCAACGAUCUUAAUAUAGUCCUCCCUAGGCGUGGAAUUAUGUGCUUAAAUUAAUAUGUAAACUUAUGUCCAAGUGAUUUUUACUUAUGAACUAUGCGUGUGUGCACAUGUGAGUAUGUAAGGUAUGUGUAUGCCCCUGAAUGCCAAACUGCAAGGAAAGGAGCGAAACUAGGAAAUGUUCACUUUUGUCAUCCUCCUCCCACAUGAAACAAAACAUUGUCUUGUAAUACAAGUG